CGUCACAUGAAACUAGUUAACGUCGUUACUAAGCGAGUUUAUAACGCUUCGGCAUUAGAGAUCAGUUAAUUUUUUGCAAAAUGGAAACAUAAUUGAUAAAAUAUGUGUUUUAUUACUAUUCAUUUUGGCGAAAACGAGCAGUUUAUGAUGAACCCGAACUGCCGGCAGCGCAUCUUCAUGGACUACAUAAGAGCGAAGUGCCAGUAUGAGAAGAAUGCGUUCAUAGACCUUAUGGACGAGUACGGUAACCUUGCCAUAGUGCACGGUGUGAAAGAAAACUGCAACGUGCGCGCGAACUUCGAGGACCGCCUCGCCUAUGUGCCCGUUAUGCUGGAAAAGUUCGCCGAUCCGACGCAUGGCGAAUACAAGAUGGUGAAGCCUCUCCUCACAGACUGGGAGAAACUGUUCCCUCUACUCGAGAAGAGGAUCAAGAUUCUUACAGGCGAGCUGAAGAGAAAGAAGAGCCCAACUGGCAGAACCCUGGAGCCUCGAGGUGGUCGCAAUAUUGACCGGAAGGCGUCAAGUAAUAAGUCGGAAGCCGGGCGCUCUCCCUCUAUCAUGGGGCGCAGUCCCUCCAUACUUCAAACCGGCCGAAAUUCCGGUACCCUCUCAGGCAGCCGGAAGGAGUCAAGGGUGGGGGUCAAAGGUGACUCCGAGAAAAAGGGAAAGGCCAAGAAGAAAUAACGGCAAUAAAGCCAAGCAAUGUUUAUCUUUCAAAAUAGAAUCAAUUUAUUUAGUUUUUGAUUAUGUAACUAUCAUCCAUAAUAAAUUAAACUACUUUCAAUGAAA